CUUCAAUAUCGUAUAUUAAUCAGAUAAAAGGACAACUGAAAGGAUGAGUUAAAAUUUAUUCCAAAUUAGCACAUGAUUUUCUGUUUAAUUUCAUUACUGCAUCGAUUUACCAGCCGUCCUGAUGAUAAAGUGGUGUUGGUUUUGUUUUUGUGUCAUUUGGACAGUGGUUGUUAUUGUUUAUCCACGCCAGUACAUACUAUGUGAAGUCGAUAUAAGUCCAGUACUUGAAUGUCCUGCUGGUCAAGUGGUCAUGGUCAGCGACGCCUCAUACGGUAGAACAAACUCAAUAGUGUGUCCACAUGUUUCUAUUAAUCCUUCCAAAACAUAUGAUGGUACUGCGUCAAUUACUACAAGGACAAAGGGUGAUUGUGAUUUAAAGCCAUCAUGCUUACCAUCAAGAGGUGGAAUAGGGGAUCCUUAUCCAGGCGUAUACAAAUAUCUGAACGUGACGUAUGAAUGUCUUAUCUCAGGAGGAUGGGGAAUUUGGAAAACAUUUGGAGAAUGCUCGGCUACAUGUGGAAAGGGAAUCCAGUCAUUUCAGAGGAAAUGUAAUGACCCUGUUCCAGAAACUAAUGAAACGUACUGUAUUGGUGAUCACAUACAGAACUUAGAAUGUAACGCAAUUCCAUGUCAAGGAAGCUGGGGAUGUUGGCAAACAGCAGGACCUUGCUCUCAUUCUUGUGGAAAUGGCACCAGAUUAAAGGUUAGAGAAUGCAAUACUCCUGUUCCAACAAAUGAUGCAUCUUUUUGUGAUGGCAAAAAUACAACGGUGGAAUGGUGUAAUUUAAGCGAAUGCCCUGUUUACAAAUGGGGGUACCUGAAGGAUCUUAACCUAACUUUAGUGGAGCUGAAAGAAAUUAUGAAAGAAGAACUUAAUGAACUUAAAAGAAAUUUGACUGUGGAUAACAAAAACACAUCAUCCGCCAUUAGACGAAGAAUCUCAGCACGUGACGACAGACCUUCUGCUGCAUCGUUUGGGUAUUUUGGUGUAGUGAUGUUGGCAACGCCAAUUGUCUUAAUGGUAUGCUUGGACUACAACAAUCUGUGUCCAGAAUGUAUAAAGAGAAGAAUAGCAAAAAUACUCAAAAAAAUCAGUUCAUCAACUGAAACGACGUAG